AUGGCAGGAGUAUUCAAUAUUUUUGGAUCUCGCCAUAACUCCGAAAGAACAGUUGUAGCUUUUGAUUCACUGAAUAGCCGAAUUUUGACUGCAAGUACUGAUGGCAAAAUUCGGGUCUACAAUGACAAAGAUGAUCCUAACCCCAUCGAAUCUAUUGUGGGAGAAAAUGUUAAUUGUCUCAUGUGCAAAGAUGACGAUGUUAUCGUUGGAACUGAGAGCUCCAAUGUUUAUAUCCAAAAUAUUGAAGAAGGUUUACUUGUUGGAGUUGCCACGAGAUUUACAGCUGGAGUCAGCUGUUUAGCUUUGAGUAAAGACCACUCUCAUCUUCUUGCUGGCAGCAGUGAUUUCACGUUAAAACUGAUCGAUUUAACUGGCCAGGAUGACGCAUCCCGUGAAGUUCUUAUUCGUGGUCAUGAUGGACCUAUACUUAGUGUCGACAUGGAUCCUCUUGAAACUUUCGCAGCUUCUUCUUCUUGUGACGGAACUGUCAGAGUUUGGAGACUGAGCGAUGGAUUGGAGGUUAAGAAGUUGUUCAUCCUUCCGAAAUUCGCUGACGUUGAGUCUGCAACUUCUCGAUGCAAAUUAAAGUUUGAGCCGACACAAGGCGAAUAUUUAGCUAUUCCCGUUGGAAACGUUGUUCAGCUAUACAGUCGAAAUGAAUGGAAGAUUUGUCGUAUUUUGGAACCUUCCAUCUCGAGUGCCAUAACUGAGUUGGAAUUUUCUCCCAAUUUCGUCCAUUUGGUUGGUCUGAGUUCUGAUGGUUGCUUGACCAUUUGGAAUCCGGAAGAUAAGACUAUUUUAACGACAAUAAAUAGUAAUGCUCUUUCCAAUGUCUGCUGUUUGAUUUGGCCACAAAUGCAUACGAUAUUCUGCACGGACAUUUUUGGCGCUGUUGGCUAUGUUGAUAUUGAUAUACGUUCUCUUCAAACGGAUCAUGCUAGCUCUGAGAUCUUUGCCAACACUGCUCUAACCACGGAGGAAAUCACCGAGCUCUUUAGUAAUGCUGACCCUGAAGUGCUGGACGACUUGGCCCAAGUUGCCGCUAAUCAAGCCCGAGAAGAAAAAGCGAAAAGCGCCGCCGCCGCUUCCUUCGCCACCACCACCGAACAAGACGAUACCGAAUCGCACAAAGGACGUCACGGUCAACGUUUAAAUUUCUCAGAUGACGACGACGUUGACAAUAUUCGGCUUGAAGAUGAUGACGAUGAUGAUGAUGACCCUAACACAGUGGCCCUCUCCAAAAUCAAGUCCUCGUUUAUGAAGACCUUAGAUUUAAGUGAUGAAGAAGAAGAAGAUGGCGAAGGGAAACCUAAACAGAUUGAAAAAGUGGUAGUUGAAAGUACUGCCCCUACUCGAUCAAUUGUGGAGGAAAAGAUUCGAUCUUUUCAGCCUGGUUCAUCACCUGAGGGUUUUAGAGAAAGAUUUCUGGUGUGGAACCACGUUGGAGUAGUGAUUAGGUUUGAAAAUGAAGUAGACGAGGAGGACACGGUGGAUGCGUCAAUUGAAGUGGAGUUUCAUGACACAACCUUUCAUCAUACGAUACACCUGAAGACGGGAGAUUUCACUAUGGCGGACUUGAGUACCACGGCACUUAUGCUGGCGUCAGCCGGAUCGAGUGAAGCUCCUGCAGAGGAUUCUGAGGAGCAAGCUCCCAAUGAAGCCGAUCUCAGUACUAUCGUAAUUCGACCCCUGGGGACAGGAGAUCUAGGAUCCGAUACCAAUUCCGACUGGUCUGCUCGCUUGCCCAAAGGCGAGGUCUGUAGAUCGGUGUGCUUAUUGCCUGGUGACGACUGCGGUUCCAACGGUUUAGCAGUUGUCGCGACUUCUCUCAGACUACUUCGCUUCUUCCUCCAACCAUCAUCUUCAGCUUCAGGAUCUGGUGGUGUCCUCCAACUCAUGCAAGCCACACCUCUCGGUCUUCCGCCAAUUAGUUUACCUGGAAAAGACAUUGUAACUAUGGCCAGUCAUCCAACCCUCCCCAUUCUCGCCGUUGUGAUUGGCUGGAGUAAUGAGGAUCUAUACUGGCGUGUUUACCACUUAUCAACCAAUCAUGGUGCUCCGAAGGGGUGGCUUCUUGGUAGACUGAGUUCGACAUUCUACCCUCUUCCAAUCUCUCCUUCUGCUCAUCUCUCAUGGUUGGGCUUUUCUGAUGCUGGAAAUCUUUACACCCACGAUUCUGUGGGUUCUCUUAGAAGGCUAACACACCAAGGGGCUACAGAUUUCCAUUGGAUACAGACAUGUGAUACCCGGAAGUGCAUUAAAUCACGGGCCCGCUCCACAGAUUGUUUCUUUAUCGUUGGCGUCACUGAAAACGCUUACCAACCACUAGGUGGAAUGAAAAUGAAUAAAAAUCUCUUGGAUGAUGAAGAAGAGUACGUAGACAAUAACUUCCAGAAAGCAAGGGAAGAUGAACUUGGAUUUGGGCAGGUUCAGGCAAUCUAUUGUAAAGCUUCCCGGUGGCCUAGACCUGUUCCAAGACCGAUUGUCUCCACACUGCCAUUUAGACUACCACUUUGUGGUGUAUUGCAGAACGAUCAAGGCAGCUUGGAAGAGAAUUAUCUUCGAACUAUGGUAUUGGAUCAGAAGCCAUUCUGGGGUGUGCCAGAUGAAGAUCUUGCUGAAAACCUUGAAAAUGAUCGUCUCAAGGCUAGAAGGAAGACAUUGCUUCGUCUGUUUGCUAUGGCAGCCAAGUUGGAAAGCGACUGGGCAGCGUUGGCUUUGGUGUACAUGAUGCCUGACGUGGCUACAGUACGCUACGCCAUUCGCUACGCGGCCAAUGUGAACCGUCAGGGCCUGGCUCAAAAGGUCGGCCAAAUCGCCCUGGAAAUGGAGGAACAGGAGGAGCGGCAACAGGCUGUUCGGCAACAAGUGCAGGCAGAAUCAGCUGAGGAAUCAUCUGUAGAUUAUGAGAAGGAGAAUGAGGAGGAAAGUCAGCAGUCUGGAGAGGAGGUUGGUGACGGAGAUGGUGACGAUGUGGCGGAGAUUCUAGGUGAUGAUGAUGAUGAUGAUAACGUGAACGACGAAAAUACGGAUGGAGAUCAUAUUGAUCAUAAUACAGAGGACUACUCAUUUGAUCUACCCUCCGAGAUUACAAAUUCCACUUCCCCGCCCACCCAAUCACUGGACACCUCCAGGGCAACACGAUUUAAUCCAUUUAGGAGGAAUAGUAAUGACGAGCCUAAACAGCAAAUUGGAGGACGGGGAAGUUGUGCCCUUGAUAAGCUUAAACCACCCCCUCCUAAAUCUACCCAGUCGGCCAAAAGAAAUAUGCCAGCUCAAGGAAGAAAACCUGCUGCCACCAAGGUUCCCAAUAAAACCGUCUGUAAGCCGAGAGAGACGGUGAAACGUCCUGCUUCGGACUUUCCCCAACGCGCAGCUAAACGGCUUUCAACGUUUGAAUUUCACCAGAAGCAAUGA